UUUAUAUUAAAUAUAAUAUCAGGACUAAAAAUAAUUUAAAUGUGUGACACUUUUCCAAUUUACAACCCAAUUUGUCGUCCGCCUCAAAAUCCAUGUUUGCGUACUCAUAAUAGUUCAAAAGAAUGUAAUAAAAAAAAUGAAUCAUCUUAUCUAAAAGAGCCUUCAGAACUGUUAAAAGCUACCAAAAAGCAAGAUCUAAAUUCUAAGUUGACACCAGAUUGCUGUUAUAAAGAGCGUGCUCAUAGCCUCAAUAAUCUUCGAAUUGAAUUUUUAAAAGAAAAACAUCGAUCAUUAAGUGCAAGUAAUUUUUAUGCAUUAAAUAACCCAAAUCUUUCCCUGACACAAGCGCUUUCCAAAAAGGCCUAUGAUAAGCCUAAUUCUGCUUUUGCAAAAGAAAAAGCCUUAUUUACUGCUUAUGUUCAAAAGUAUUUUUAUCAGUUAACUGUUGGUUGUUCUAAUGCAUUAUGUCGAAAUAAAUUUUGUAAAUCAUCUGAUACAUGCCUAAAUCUAAAACCUGCUAUGGCUGCACUUAUCAGUAUUGAACUUUCUGGAUAUAAAGAUCAAUAUUUAUGUAUAAAAGAAAAGUCUAAUCAAAGAGCUAAGUUAAUUGACACAGACAUUUUUAGGAACAACACAAAGGAAAAAAAUAGCAAGAGUACAUCAGGAAAUUUCAUUCCUUUUCUUUAUUCUUUUUAUUCAACUUCACCUUUUAGAAGUUUGUUUCUUCCAUGUCCUUUAACUUCUUCUGGUAAAAAGUUAGAUAGAAGACAUUCAGUAGAAAGUAUGAAAUCUCUGCAAACCUUUGCAACUUUAAUUAGAAACAAUCUUAAUGUUAUUACUAAUACAGUUUCAUCAAGCUUAAGUAAUAUUUGGAAAAGUACUGGAGAUGACAUUAAAUGUACAGAUUUUAUGGUUGGAGAUUCUGAAGUGUCUGACAGCCAUACUUUGCCUAAACCAACAUUACACAUAUUUCCUGACAAUACCCUCAAUAAUAAGAAUGAAAAUUUUAGAGAGAUAGAAAUAUUUGAAUCUAGUGUAGCUGAAGAGUUUCAACAGAAUGAAAUGUUUGACAAUAUUUCUUUUCAAAAACAAGACGGGGAACUUUUAUCAGAUGGUUACUCACUUACUCAUCUUACAUUAGACAUGUUUAACACAGUCCUUUCAAACUACUAUGAAUGCACAGAUGAAUCAUUUCUUAUAAAUACACUUCGAACUGUUUUUUCUUCUUGGGAUGCAUUAGGGAUAAGCUUUUCUCAUGAAAGAUCUAAAAGUACUGGGCUUGAUGUUAAGUGUGAAGAUGUUGAGUCUAUGUUUAAUGAUCUAAACAAAGUAAAAAAUUCUAGGGCUUUAUUUACUGUUUUAAUUGAUGCAGUUACUGUCAUGCUACUAUCAAGAAAAGGUUGUUUGCUAAAAGUACAAGAUUUAAAGCCACUUGUUAUUAUAUUAUACAUUCCAAAUAUAUUUGACUAUCAACCAGUUGUUUAUGAAAUUUCAUCAAUCAUUUCAGAGUUAUCGAAAGAUUGUCAAGAUGUCUUGCUGCUUUAUUUUUAUGAACUUUGUAAAACAAAGUUUGAUUUUAUUAUUCAAGGUUUCAAGUCUGUUUUAGUUAACGAAAUAUUGGUUUCUAAUGUCAGCAAAGAAAGCUUGUCUGCUUUGUGUCAAACUUUACAACUGUUGUAUAAAGCCAAUAUAUUUAAAGGAGACCAUUAUUCACGCAUUCCAAAGUCCUCAUUCUAUUGUCCUGAGUUAACAUCAAAACUAGAUUUUAAAUAUGAAUAUACUUCAUGGAUUGCAAGGCACAAUUGUAAAGAAAGCAAUUUAUUUUCUAUCUUGGAUUUUCCUUUCCUGUUGGAGCCAAUAGUAAAGGUUCAAGUAAUUCAUAUUGAUGCAAUCACUCAAAUGCGUGAAGAAUAUCAAGAUGCUAUUGUUCAUCAAGCACGUAUUCAACAAGUUCAAAAGUCAUGGGCUGACUUUAAUGAUGCAUCUGCUCUUUCUCGUGUAGUCCAAUCAGCUAUGUGUCCUUAUCUUUUACUUGAAAUUAGAAGACAAAAUAUAGUUGAUGAUACUCUCAAACAACUUAGAAAUAAGUUUUCAGACUUUAAGAAGCCAUUAAAAAUUAAAUACACUGAAGGUGGUGAACAAGGAUUAGAUAUGGGUGGUUUACAAAAAGAGUUCUUUCAAGUCAUUAUCGAAACAAUGUUUGAUCCAAAUUAUGGUUUGUUUACAAUAUCAGAAGACAGCAAUUUAAUGUGGUUUAAUGCUCUUUGUCUUGAGUCAGUUGUGAUGUUUAAUUUGGUUGGUAUCUUAUUAGGUUUAGCAAUUUACAAUGGAAUAAUUUUAGAUGUGCAUUUUCCUUUACUUGUUUACAAAAAAUUGCUAGGAUACGAAGUUGGUUUAGAAGAUUUACGCGAGAUUCAACCAACCCUAUGUAAAAGUCUUGAUGAGUUGUUAUCUUAUGAAGGUGAUGUAGAAAUAGACUUUGGACUAACGUUUGAGGUGUUCCAUAAUCUUUAUGGUAAAGAAAUGCGAACUGAACUUUUGACAAAUGGCUCACAAAUAUCUGUGACUAAUAGUAAUCGAGAGAGUUUUGUAAGGUUAUAUGUGGAUUUAAUAAUUAAUAAAAGUAUUGAAAAUUCAUUUAGUGCAUUCAAAGAAGGUUUUUUUCAGGUUUGUCAUUUCCCUUCAAUCAGUCUCUUCACAGCUCCAGAACUUGAGUUACUUAUAUGUGGUAGUCCUGAUCUUGAUUUUAAAGCUUUAGAGAAAGUUACAGAAUAUAAAGAUGGGUUUUCAAAAAGCCAUCCUCUAAUGCUUGAAUUUUGGGAUAUAGUUCAUCGAUUCACAUUUAAACAAAAGCAAGCUCUUUUGAUGUUUGUAACUGGGAGUUAUAGAGUUCCUUUGAAGGGUCUUGGAUCAAUGUCUUUCUAUAUUCAGAGAAACGGUCCUGACUCCUUAAAUUUACCCACUUCGAUGACUUGCUUUAACCGACUGUUAAUUCCUGAGUAUUCAUCCGCUGCAAAACUUGAAAAAAUGUUGUUGCUUGCUAUUGAAAAUUCAAAAGGAUUUGGUCUUAUAUAAAUUUCUUUUAUAUAAAUUUAAGAUAAAGUAAUUAUCGGAAAAUAAAGUUAAACAUUAAAAUUAA